AUGGCAAACCUUUUUGCCGCCGAGCCCGACUCUCGCGGGUGGCACGAGGUCGAGCAGACGCUGACGGCCCUGGAGUUGCCACCCGUUCCCCCGACAUCCGAGCCGCAGCGACUACUGGGCUAUGUCUUGCAAAUCCUUCCGCGAUACACCGAGAUGGAGAUGCUGGUGACGCACCUGCGACUGCACGCGUCGACGCUGGAGCAAGACAUGGAGCAGGUGAAGAGCCACGUGCGGUUGCUGACACGUGAAGCAACUGGAGAGCGAGAAAAGAAGCAAUUUCUCGAGCGCUACGCUGCACAGGUAGUCAAGGAGCGCAAUGGCCUCCUGCACAUCGAGAGGGUCCUCGAAACAGAAGACCACAGCGGCGGGCUCGCACUUUGCGAGAAGCUACAGGAAUCACUGCAAAAGGUGGAAGCGUUGCAGGAAGAAGUGUACAAGCAGGAGUUGCUGCGAAGAGAGCUCGAUUUCCUAUUGAAAAAGACCCAACGCGAACAUGAUAGCAGAGUGGCAGCCGACCGUAAGCAUAUCCAGCAACUGGAGAAGCAGAUUGCGCAACGUUCAAAUUUGCACUCGGGUCUGGAGAAGAAGCUGUAUGAAACCGAGUCGGUACUCGCUCGGCUCGACAGAGCAAAGGAAAACGAGCUAAAUGCUGUCAACAAUCGUGUUGACGAGGCACACGCUCGCGUAGAAGGUUUGGAAAAAGAAAAUAAAAGUUUGCAUGUGCUGGUGAAGAGGUUGAGCGAUGAAAGGGAUCGCGUGACGCAGUUGCUGGAAGAGACGACCGAGUCGAAGAAUGUUUUUGCAAGGCGAAUGGACGAGUUGCUGGAAACAUGUCGCGCACUGGAGUCGGAGGUCGAAGCUUUGCGAUCUGAAAUCGACGUGCUGCAAACGAAAGAUAUCAAUGACAUUCGCAGUCAGUAUGAUGCUCGAAUCAAUCGACUGCAGAAGGAUAGUGCUGCCGGUGAAGAAGCGUUGCACCAAGAGAUUGAUCGGUUAAGGCAGAAGUUGACGAAGCGCGAUGGGUCGCUAGUGCUGGCAUCUCGAGCACAGCAAGGCGGAGAUAUGGCGGGGGUAAGCUCUGAGCGCCAUCCCAAAACUCAGAGGAGCAACGUGGAGAGUAUUUCUCUUCCUGGAGAUGAUUUUAAGUUGAGUGAUGGUAUCUUUGAUGGCGACCGAAGACAUGAGUUUGAGUGCGACGAGGAAGAAAAAAGACCCGAUACCGAGCGUCGGCUCGUGGGUGACAUGCAGGGGCAGCGCAGUAGUAACAUUUCGGAUACUAGGAUCGAUCAGGAACAAUCUGGUGACUACCAAGAAAGCGUGACGGAAGAAGUGCAAACGCAAAGCGACUUGGUUCGAGACUUAUAUCAGAUGCUGAAUAGACUCAAGGAGAAGCGGAAAAGAGAGGAGCAAAAGGCUUUACAAGUAGAGCAGGCUUUGUUUGAGUUUAACCAACUACAUCUGAAGUCUUAG